AUGGAAGAAGCUUCAGAGUUCACUAGGCGAUUAUCGCCCAAUUCUUCAAUUCCGGGUCCAAUAAUUCGUGCCCCUGGGUUGCCGGAUAUCCCGGAACUCCCAUUGCUGGACAUUGCGCUUGAAGCUGAUAGCAACCAGCAAAAAGAGAGUAUUCUCCCAUCGCCUGUACUGGCCCCAAUUCCAGAGAAAAGCUCCGAAGACAGUGACAGCGAGAACAUAAACCCCUUGCUACCUGCAUCAAGUACGUCAUUCGCUGAAAUUGAAUUCUUGACUUCAACGAGGGAUCUGCCAACGCCGCAUUCUUCGCCGGCUCCACUGAAGCCAACAACUAUGUCUGCUCCCCAAGUGGGUCACGAUAGUUCUAACCUCACUCCAUCAUCCACACCAUCUUUACCCAUAAACUCUUUAUCACCAGACAGUGAUGGUAAUGGAGACAUAUCCUCUGCAGCAUCAACAAACAAUGAUUCAGACUCAGUCUUUGAUGAUGGACAAUCAGAAAAUACAUCCAGCUACACAGCUUCACUGCUAUCCGAUGUGAAAAAUUACACUUAUGAAAAUGGAAGACGAUAUCACUCAUACCGCGAAGGCCUCUACGUCCUUCCCAACGACGAACCAGAACAAGAUCGACAAGAUCUUCUUCAUCACGUCCGGAAUCUCGUGCUAAAUGGCCGGCUGUUUCGAGCCCCAUUAGACAAUAAUAUCCAACGUGCUCUCGACAUUGGGACCGGCACCGGAAUAUGGGCCAUCGACUUCGCCGACAGCUUUCCCAGUGCCGAGGUAACAGGGACUGACCUAAGUCCCAUCCAGCCAUCAUGGGUCCCACCAAAUCUUCGUUUUGUGGUGGAUGACGCCGAGUCGCAAUGGCUGUACAGCCCAAGCAAGCCCUUUGACUUCAUCCAUGCCCGGGAUCUAGGCGGUGCUAUCGCUGACUGGCCGCGGCUGAUAUGCCAGAGCUACGAGCAUUUGCGUCCUGGUGGAUGGAUUGAGUUGCAGGAGUUUGAGGUUAUGCUCAGGUCGGACGAUAAUUCGAUCAGUCUUGCGCCAGCGCUGUGUGAGUUUCUUGAUCGACUGACUCAGGCCAGCGAGGCAUUCCACCGACCUAUGAAUAUCGCCGAAGGGCACCGGCAGCGGCUGGUUGAGGCUGGUUUUGAAGAUGUUCGAGAUGAAGUGUACAAGGUGUGA